AUGAGGCCUUGGGGCCAGCCUCAGGCGCCUGAUGCGAGCGACUCGGUGCCGAUCUGGCCGAUGGCCAUUGCUGGGGUUUCACGACGAGCUACCGCCAAAGGAGGGUCCAGCUCCUUUGUGACUCCGGUAGUUGCUUCGGGGCUGUGGGUUCAGACCUUGUGCUGGCAAACAUGUAAGGGACUGGCAGAGAAGAGCUGCAAGGCUGGUCUGGCGCUUAAGGAGCCCAAGGUGAUGCUGAGAAUCAUUAGCUGGAUCUUCUCCAUCGUGGUGUUUGGCUCCAUCGUGAACGAGUGCUAUGUGAACACGGACAGCCAGAACCCUCAGCUGCUCUGCAUCUUCAACAAGAAUGAGAGUGCCUGCAGCUACGGCAUCGCCGUUGGCAUCAUUGCCUUCUUUGGCUGUAUCUUCUUCUUUGUCGUGGACCUCUACUUCCAGCAGAUCAGCAGCGUGAAGGACCGCAAACGGGCCGUCCUGCUGGACCUCGGCUUUUCAGGUUUCUUGUCCUUCCUAUGGUUUGUAGCCUUCUGCUUCCUAGCAAACCAGUGGCAACAGACGACGAUGAGCAAAGGGGUUUCGCAAGGAGCAGACGCCGCCCGGGCAGCAAUCACCUUCUCCUUUUUCUCCAUCAUCGUCUGGGUUGCGCUGGCGGUGAAGGCGCUGCAGAGAUACCGCCUGGGGACGGACAUGUCGCUCUUUGCCACCGAUCAGUUCGCCACCGACCCCAACGCGGCGUACCCCGGCUACCCCACCGGCAGCGGCAUCGAGAGCACAGAGACCUACCAGAGCCCCCCCUUCACCGAGACCUUAGACACCAACCCGAAAGGUUACCAAGUGCCAGCGUACUGA